ACUUCGCACACUCCACCUGUGAAGUUUAGUUUACAAAAACACAUUUUUGGAAGUAGAAGAAGAGUAUUUAAGAUCCCAUGGGAGUAAGCAACAACAUCACUGCGGUGGUGAACUUCAUAGCCCUGUUGGCCUCAAUACCCAUAAUAGGUUCAGGAGUAUGGCUGGCCUCCAAACCAGACAACGAGUGCAUCCACAACUUCCGGUGGCACGUCCUCGUCCUUGGCCUCCUCGUACUCCUCGUCUCUCUAGCUGGCUUUGUCGGAGCUUACUGGAACAAGCAGGGCCUCUUGGCCUUUUACCUUUGUUGCAUGGCCAUCCUCAUCGCUCUUCUCCUUUUCAUCCUCCUCUUUUCUUUCAUCGUUACUAGACCCGAUGGAACCUACUAUGUCCCCGGAAGAGGCUUCAAGGAGUCCAUGCUCCAUGGUUUCUCCCCCUGGCUAAGGAACCAUCUCACCGCUUCUCGGAGUUGGAACAAGAUUACCACUUGUUUGGCUGAUUCCGAUGUCUGCAUUAAGCUCACGCAGGACUACGUAUCUGCUGAUCAGUUCUUCAACUCUCAUAUCUCUCCUUUACAGUCAGGAUGCUGCAAACCUCCAAGUGCUUGCGGAUACAAUUAUGUGAACCCCAUACUGUGGAUAAAUCCUGUUAAUCCAAUGGUAGACCCAGAUUGCUACUUGUGGACUAAUGAGCAGAGUCAACUCUGCUACAACUGCAAUGCAUGCAAAGCAGGUCUUCUGGGGAAUCUCAGAGAAGAGUGGAGAAAAGCAAAUAUCAUUUUGAUGGUGGCAGUUGUUGUCCUCAUCUGGGUCUAUCUCAUUGCAUGCAGUGCCUUCAAAAAUGCACAAACAGAAGACCUUUUCCGUCGUUACAAAAGGGGUUGGGUUUGAUCUUCUUUCUGCCACUCAAGGACUAUGAAAAGUAAUGAGAAGUGAUAAAGGAAGAAUUCUUUCAACAUUGAAGUAGUCAAAAGAAUGGAAUCCUGAUUCAGGCUUUCCUGGGUAUACAGUAAUUCUUAUAUGUCAAAUUGUCCAUGACUUGUUAUAUAUGCAUUUUGAAAUAAUCUUGGUGCUUAGAUGUUGGUGGUAUAUGCAAUCUUGACAAGCAUGCCGCUUUAGCUGUAUUUUAAAUGUGUAAUCAAAUUAUUUGAAGAAAUUAUAGUUUAAACAGUAAUCUUGAUUCUUGAAA